AUUUGCUUCGGGCUCGAGAUGUUGAACACGCAUGCUCAAUAGUAACUUCCUUUUACUAAUACAAUAUGUCUAAGAGAGGUCGUGGUGGUUCGGCCGGAGGGAAAUUCCGUAUCUCCCUAGCUUUACCUGUAGGCGCUGUCAUCAACUGCGCUGACAACACAGGUGCCAAGAAUCUGUUUGUUAUUGCUGUCAGCGGCAUCAAGGGACGAUUGAACCGAAUGCCAGCUGCAGGAGCUGGAGACAUGUUUGUUGCUACAGUCAAAAAAGGAAAACCUGAACUUAGGAAAAAGGUAAUGCCUGCUGUGGUCAUCCGACAGAGAAAACCAGUCCGGAGGAAGAAUGGGGUAUUUAUAUACUUUGAAGAUAACGCAGGGGUCAUAGUCAACAAUAAAGGAGAGAUGAAAGGGUCAGCCAUUACUGGACCUGUAGCUAAAGAAUGUGCAGACUUGUGGCCCCGUAUCGCAUCAAACGCCAGUUCUAUUGCAUAAAAUGAACAGAAUAAAAGAAAAAAAACCA